AUGCAUUACUUUCUGCGUCAUUCGUUCCUGCAUUCUUUUCUGAGAUUUUUGCUUUUCUCUUCUCGACCUUUCCUACAUUCAUUUAUCGAAUUUGUACAUUGGCACUUCGUCCUUCUUGUUUUCUCGCAUUUAACUUGGAUUGAAUACACGUUCUACAUACUUUUUUGCCGGUUCCACUUCACUAGCAAUCCGAUUCACAUAUUAUCUUUUUCGUGUAUUUUCCUCCUCCUCCUAUCUAUCUAUCUAUCCUCUUAUAUCUAUGUAUGUAUCUAUUCUCUUAUAUCUAUGUAUAUAUGUAUGUAUCUAUCUAUCUAUUCUUUUACAUCUAUGUAUGUAUGUAUCUAUCUAUCUAUUCUUUUGCAUAUAUGUAUGUAUGUAUCUAUCUAUCUAUUCUUUUACAUCUAUGUAAUCCGGGUUUUUAACUAUCUAUUUCUCUGUCUAUUCAUAUCUAUCUCUCUGUCUAUCUAUCUCUGUCUAUUCAUAUCUAUCUCUCUGUCUAUCUAUCUCUGUCUAUUCAUAUCUAUCUAUUCCCUUCUAUGUAUGUAUCUCUCUAUCUAUCUAUCUAUCUAUCUAUCUGUCUGUCUUUCUGUCUGA